AAGGAGAAAAGGCGAAGAGGAGGAGGAGCUAUUUCUAGGGUUUCCGUUGAGGACAGCUCCGUUAGAUUCACCCUCAGACAUUAUAAACAUGGACAAUAUGGGCUCAGCUGUGAAAAGAACUCCCAGAUCUGGUACUGGUAGACAGUCUUUGUUUUACCAAGAUUUGGCUUCUCCAAUCACGGGGAAUCGAAGAAGUGGUAGCAAAUUUUCAACACCAGGCCAAGCUGCUGCUGUAUCUGCUCUGUGGAAAGAGAAUUUCGCUAAUUCUGAUCUUCCCCCACCACCCAUGUUCACUUUAGAGGACCGCUCUGAUUUUUCUCCCGAUUCUGGCAUCCAGGAUUAUCCAAUUUCACCUGAAGUGAAGUCUGACCCUCGAAGUCCGUUUCAGAAUUCGGGGAAGGACUUGUCUACUCCGAAGAGCAAGUCUGAGGCUAGUACUUCGUAUGCCUUGAUGGGAAGUCAGUCACAGAAUAGGCAGAGUCCGGUAGGGAGUCUAAGUUGGUGGUCCCCUGCUAAGGGUAGUGGUAGUGGUGAUCAGGAAGAUAAGGGGAAGGGUUCUGGUUCACCUGUAGAUGGUGUUGUUCAGCCUGGGGCUUUAAUUAUGCUUCCUCCACCUAGGGAAGUUGCAAGACCGGAGCUGCAGAGGAACUCGGUGCUUGUUGGACCUCUUGACGAGGAGGAAUGGGUCACUGUAUACGGAUUUUUACCUGUGGAUACAAAUUUGGUGUUGAGAGAAUUUGAAAAGUGUGGCAUUAUCCUGAAGCAUGUUCCAGGUCCAAGGGACGCCAACUGGAUGAACAUUUUGUACCAGAAUCGAGCUGAUGCUCGUAAAGCUCUGGCUAAGAAUGGGAUGCAAAUAAAUGGAGUUCUUAUUAUUGGAGUGAAGCCAGUGGAUCCAAUGCAGCGUCAGACUCUGAAUGAAAAGCUCAACAAGCAAGGGUUCAUGCCCUUACCUCCACCAGCUUCUAGAAAUUCAAAUCUCAAUUCAUUGAGAUCUCAAAAUCAGUAUACUAACAAUGGCAUAAAUGGUGCCCGACAGUCAUCUGGAACCAUCGCAACUCCUGCAAAAAGUCUCGCCUCCAAAGUUAUAGACGUGAUGUUCGGUUUCUAGUUGAGCUCAAUUUAUCACCCUCUCUUUCCAUUUUAAAUGUUGGGAUCGGUUUUGAGGGAUCACUAUUGUAUUCCUGUAUUUCUUCUCCUUUACUGGCAAAAUACGCUCUUAUUUUAUAUAUAGAGAAAUCAAGUCGAUGUUGAUGUA